ACGGCCAAGCAGUGCAGAAUAAGUUUGCGGAGGAGAAGGAGCCGGGCAGGAAAGCAGCCAUGGCGUCCGAGCUGGAGCUGCCCUUGGUGCCAGACGUCCCGCUGACCGACUGUAUGAGGCUCCGGGCGCAGAGCCUCCGGCAGAGAAACGAGAAGCCCCAGGACGGCGAGAAGCUCUUGCGGCCCAACGAGUACAUCUACCGGGUGGACUUCUCCCAACAGCACAACCUGCGCUUCGUGCGCUGGGACGUCGCGCUGGAGAAACCGGGCAAGGUGGACGUCGUCGGCACCUCGCAGCACUGGACGCCCGACCUGACCCCUCUGAUGCGCCGGCAGCUGCUGGAGCCCGUGGGGGUCUUCUGGAAGAGGCCGGACUCCCGGGAGGUGGAGUGCAACGAGGCCGACAUCCUGGAGUUUGGGGAGAGGCUGGUGGAGCUGGCCAAGAUCCGGAAGGUGAUGUAUUUCCUCUUGGCCUACGACGACGGCCUCGAACCGGCGCACCUCAAGUGCUCCGUGGUCUUCAGAGUCUGAAUUUCAACCUGCCCGGAUCCUCGGUUUCCCCCGCGUCGCAUCCUUUUUCCUGUUUUUGGCUCUGCUGCUUGAACGAUACGUGUUUGAAGCCGGAAAGCAAUGCUGUUGAUUCUCUCGUGCGCUUUCUUACUCGGUUGCCUGUUCUGGGUCAGAGAGCUGCCUGGGCGAUGACGAAGAAGAGGAAGACUUUGGAUCUAUAACUCCCCUUUUCU